CCCUACGAGUGUGAGGAAUGUGGGAAGACCUUCAAGUUUGGCUCCAACCUCCUCAUCCACCGCCGGGUGCACACGGGGGAAUGGCCCUACAAGUGUUUGGAAUGUGGGAAGGGCUUCACCGUCAGCUACCGCCUGAUCCGCCACCAGCAGAUCCACACUGGGGAACAGUGGCCCCGGCCCUACAAAUGUGGGGAAUGCAAGAAAAGCUUCAGAUACAAUUCUGAACUCGUCACCCAUCAACGCAUGCACACGGGGGAGAAGCCCUACGAGUGUGGGGAAUGUGGGAAGAGGUCUCACAGCAGCUCGGAUCUCCUCAAGCACCAGCAGACGCACACGGGUGAGAAGCCCUUCCACUGCACCGACUGCGGGAAGGGCUUCAAAUGCAACUCCACCCUCGUGAAGCACCGGCGCAUCCACACCGGGGAGAGGCCCUACAAGUGUGGGGAGUGUGGGAAGAGCUUCACCUGGAGCUCUACCUUGACCACACACCAGCGGACCCACCAGUAAGGGAAGCUCUGCGAGUGCCCCGACUGCGGGAAGAGCUUCAUCUGCUGCUCCAACUCCAUCAGCUGUCAGAGGAUCCACUUUGGGAACAGGCUUGGUGACCCACAUUCCCAGUGACCCACACUGGGAACAGGCCUGGUGACCCACAUUCCCAGUGACCCACGUUGGGAAGCCCCCUGGCUGGUGGACUGUGGCAGGAUAGUCCCAUGUGUUAUUUGUGUGGGCACGGACCCAGUUACACACAAGGUGUGCAGCUGAAUCAAAUUUAUUAAGAACAACAUGAGCUGAUAUAGACAGUCCAAACUGUGACACGUCAUAACGUGACCUCUCAGCCAAUGACAUUCGAGCGCUCCCUUGCACAUGUGCAACAGAGUACCGAAGGAACUACAAGUCCCAGAAUGCCUUGUGACACUUCCUGUAAUAUAAAUCACUACAUUUCCACUUUAUUAUAAUGA